GCUAUUGCACACGCAUUUGUGCUGCGACAACUGCUUACAACGACGAACUGUUGCAGCCACAUUGGUUCGGCGCCGUGCUCGUUCUGAGUUUAUUUCCAGCAGCUGGCUAGCUGUCUCUGGGUAAACUACACUGGCUCUCGGCAAACACCCACUACUAUUACGUCUACGUCGGUCCCACUCCAGUACCAACCUGAAGUGUUGCGCUCCAGUCUCAUCGGUAGAGUCUCAGUGUGCGUGAGACCAAGCUAUCAUCUAUGGCUCUUUGAAUGACGCGACAUGUGGUGUCGGGCUUUGGGUGUUGCUGAGUGGCAGCGGUCGGCCCAGCGUCGACAAGGAGCGGUGACGCUGCCGCCGGCCGCACGCACCGCGCACGGUGACAUUCUUGCAGCACGUCCGGUGGAGGGCGGACAUGGCGAGUCAGCAGCCCACGUCGGCAUCUAGCUUAGGGGCAAAGCGGCAGCGGCAGCAGGCCGCCCGGCUCAGGCCCCAGCUCCCGCGGCGGCCGUCACCCGUCCACCUCCCCCUGCUGCUCCUCCUCCCCCUCCUGCUGCCCAGCCCCCAUCCCCGCCACGUGGCACGUGCCGACCUGCUCCGUUACUACGGCAACAUCAGCUACCCUCUGGACGAGCAGCUGUCGUACUGCGACACGCUGGGGCCGCUGUACGACGGCAUAGGGGUGGACCUGGCGCUGUGGAACACAUCCGGCGGUGGGGGCAGUAGCAGCGCGGGCGGCGGCGGGGGCGGCGAGAGCAAUGGCGAGAGUGGGGGGGAAGGGGGCAGUAGCGGUGGGGGCAUCACCGAGGAGGCGCUGCAGCUGGCCAUUGACAAGUACACUACCAAGGGGUCGCAGAAGGGUGUGGCCCUGGCCUUCUACGGCGGCGUGCCCUACAUCAUCGACCACGAGCCCCGGCUGUCGGGUCUGGGCCACCACGUCAACAUCCUGUUCACCUACAUGCUGGUCAUGCUGGACCUGCAGCGCCAGUACGGCAGUAGCAGUAGUAGUCAUAAUGGCAGUAGCAGCAGUAGCAGUAGCAGCAGCGACGGCAGUAGCGGCGGGCGGUCGCUUAUUCCGGAUGUGGAGUUUGUGCUGGCCAGCAGUGACAAGCCGCUGGUGCUGCGGGCGGACCACCCGCCCGGCCGCGUGCCGCCGGUGAUGCGGUUCUGCUCCUCGGACGAACACGCCGACAUCAAGAUCCCGAUCUUCCACUUCUACACCAAGAAGUACACCCAGAACUACCUGGCAAACGCGCCCAAGCUGGCGGCGGCCUACCCCUGGGAGGCCAAGAAGCCCGUGGUGUUCGGCAGGUUCUCCAAGUACUACCGGCACAUCCACCCCGCCGCCGCCAGCACGCUCAAGCGGGGCGCGCGCAACAGCUCCAUAUGCAGGCAGGAGUCUGCCUUCACGCUGACGUGUCCGGUGCGGGCGCACUUCAUGGAGUGGGCGGCGCGCGGCCGGCACGCGGACGUGCUGGACGUCAAGAGCGGACCGCGCGUGUCGCUGGCCAAGCACGCCGCCUACAAGUACCUGCUGCACCUGGACGGCCAGGCGCUGAGCAGCCGCCUGGAGCAGCUGAUGCCGCUGGGCAGCCUGAUCUUCAAGGAGGACAGCGGCUACAAGACCUUCUACUACCACCUCAUGAGGCCGUACGAGCACUACGUGCCUGUGUGGAAGGCGGGCGGGGGGCCGGAGGACGUGCUGGAGGCGCUGCAGUGGGCGGAGAGCCACGACCAAGAGGCCCGGCGUAUGGCUGCCGCCGCGCAGCAGGUGGCGCUGACCUACCUGUCCAAGAGGGCGCGGUCCUGCUACUGGCUGCGGCUGCUGCAGGCCUACGCCUCCCUUCAGAGCUACACGCCGGUGCGGGGCGGGCGCGGGUCUUACCUGGUGCCCGUGUCGGAGUACCUGGAGGAUGUGGGGCGCAGCUGGGAGCGCGGCAAGCAGCUGCACAAGAUAGAGUACUGAGAUAUGCAGGGCUGGCGGGGCGGGGGCGGAGCUGGUGGUGGCGGGUAGACAGGAGGCGAUUGGGGCGGCGUUGGCUGCGGGGUGCUGCGGGGUGCUGCGGGUUGGAGGGUGGCUAGGUAGGGAUGGGUGUGAGUUGGAGGGACGUUCAAGGGCCGGCACCGUACCGUACGGCUGGAAAGGGUGUGCGAUGGGACAGUGUUUGAUGGUGAGGGGCAGCUGUGGCCCCAGCUAGGAAGGUGUCCAGGUAGACAGGUAUGAUAAAGCUUCCAGGAGAGGCCUUGUAACUGCCGUGCUGG